UUGUCUUGUUUCAUGAUCACUAUAAAUAAUGCUAAUUGAAUUCAGAUUUCACUACAAUUAAACUCUUGGUAAGUCAAGAAUGAAAACUAAACCUUUAAUCUUCGUGUUCUUUGUUUGCUCACUAAUUAUCAUCACUGUUGUGGCAAUCGAUUCAUCGAAAGUCGGUGAAACGGAAAACUCCCAAGCAAAUUUUGGGGUAGAAAGAGUUGAAGGUGGACACAAUGGAGACCAUGAGGGAGGAAAUGUUGAUGGAUUUUUGGGAAAAGUGAUAAAUUGGCUAGAAGAUAGAGGAAUUUUGGGAGAAGGAAGAAAAAGAGAAGCUAGAAGAAAAGGAAGAGGACGAAAUGAAGCCGGUUUGGGAGGAGGGACUGAAUACAGUUCGGGAAGAGGACAAAACUAUGGACGUGGAGGAGGAGGAGGAGGAAACGAAGAAGUUUGGGAAGGAGGAGUACAUAAAGGAGAAGAAAAUGAAGAACCUGGUUUGGGAUAAGGAGAAGGAAGAGCAAAAAAAUAAAAUAUAUGGAGGGCUCAUGGAACAUCAAUGAAAACAAAAAAUUAAGUGUGAAUUUUAGUCGAUAUGUCUAAGAAAAGCAUGCACUUUAUCUUAAUUCAUGUUAUUUAAUAAUAUAACCGUUUAAUCCACUUGAAUUGAUAUGGUGUUAAUUUAGGACCUUGGAGUGUUGUUUUCAUGGUCUCAGUUCGAUUUUCCCUAUGCCAAUUUUGGUAGAAUAUUUUGGUUUCUUAAAAAAAAAUAUCACCAUUUUUCCCUUGAAUUAA